AUGGAUGUUCCAAAAGCAUACAUAGAAUUAACACCAAACAUAUAUUACAACUCCUUUGACCAUUGUUCCUACUUUAUAACACCACAGAACAAUUUUACACAAAAUCGCUUUAAUGCUAUAGACUCAACUACGACACCAAACCACCACAUUUACAUCAUCUCAUCAACACCUAUGCCUUUGCUUAGGUAUUCUUUGCCACAACUUCCACUCACACUAACUCAAUUUUUCAAAGAAAAUCUUCCAACAGAAAAUAUAAUGCUCAACAUCACAAGACAAUUAAUCGACUCAAUCAACAUUUUACACCUCAACAAAGUGUAUCACGGCAAUUUGACACCCGACACGGUUUACAUUUCAAAAAGCACUUUUCAACUUGGGUUGGUGCUUUUCCAUUUUCCUGUUGUCACAAUACAACACGACGAAAUCCUUACUUCAAGGCAGUAUGAUGUUACAGACAAUCCUGAUUCAUUUUACUUCCAAAAGGACAUUACCGCGAUUCCUAUGAUACUCCUUGCUCCUUUUGGAUAUUCAAAAAAUUCACCAACGGCCUUUACUUCCUCAAGAAAAUUGGCACGAAAGUGUUCGGAGAUGUUGGAUAAUGUCAUUGACAUCUUCUUUACAUCACCAACACCACUUUUAACAUCAAAACAGUUGCUCCAACAAUUUCCAGACUCGUUGUAUGUCUCAAUUAAAACAUCGCCCCACCUCUUUUUUCCAACGUAUUUACAAGCAAAAUACAACACUAAAAACGAGUGUGACGUUUUGUUCUACUCGACUAAUAUCUUCCCACAUCUGUUUGUACCAACACUUCCUGACAGUGUUUUGUCAACGCGAUUUGUCACCCCCAAUUUUGAACACACCACACUCACUGUGUACAAAACGUCGUUACCAAAAUUCUCAAUCAUCGGAGCGAACUUCUUUGUGAAACUCCCGAAGAACCAAUUUCGCGCUUGUGCACUCGCGCAAUUGCUCUUCCUUUUUUUGAACCCAUCAAACACUUUUAAACACAUCACUUUCAGUUCUAUUGAUCUUGCACUCUUUUUGGGAGAACCCACAGAGACCGCGUUAAACAAGAAGGAGCUCCAAAUACCACUAAAUCCACUCAAAGGUUUUGAAAAGGAAUUACCCGGUGGUAUGGAGUCAUUCCGAAAAAGGCGACAGUUUCUUUGUGGUCGUCUGCAUGUUGUUGUAGCUCCACAAAACCAAACAACCUACAGUGUCAAAUUUUUGUUACAAGUCUGCGCGAAAUUACGAGCGUUAGGUAUUGUAGUGGAAUGCAAAACUAAUUUGGUUUCAUUGGGUGAAACGGUGCUCUCGACAAAGAAAAUAGUAUUUGUGUCUUCCACAUCAACGCGUGUCUGUGGUGUUGUUAUCGAAGAAAAUGCAACGGAGUCUGCAAUCAAAAAUGUCAUCCAAAAAAAGUUUGGCUGCGAGAAGAUAUUUUCAAGUCACUUAAAACAUGAGAAACAGUGUUACUCGGAGUUCUCCAAUUUUAAAGAACUCUGUGGGGUGUUGAAAGGAGACGAGAAACUUUGGAAAACUAAUGCGGAGAUUGUUUGGGCAAAGAGUGUGUUCGAGUGCACACGAGAUCUAUUUUCCCAAAAGACUCGACUGCAGAGGAUUGGCGAGAACAUCAAGGGUGGGCUCUGUAGCGUUUUUCCUUCUCAGAAGUAA